AUGGAACAAGAUGAUUGGAAUGUUCAAUUAAAUUUUAAAGACGUUAAGGCAAUUAGAUUUAGCAAGUCAAAAUAUUUGCAAUCAAGAAUCAAACAAGAAUUCAAUACAAAAGUACAAGUCAUUUCUAUAUCUUUCCAACCAGUUACCGCUAUAAUUAAAGGAGAUAGGAAUGAAGGAAGAGAUCUUAAUUUUAAACAUUAUAAUUUCUUAAUAGGAACUGAUAUUACAGCAAAACGAGACACACAAGUAGCAGUUGAUGAGAAAGUAACCAGAUCAUAUUUACCCUGUACUGCAUUACAGCGUAAAAUGAGAUUGGAUGUAUAUAUUACACCAGCAGAUGAUGCGAAAUAUAUCGAUGACCCACUUGUUAAUCCACUUGGAAAAUGGUCUAUUGAGCUGCCUCUCUCCUUACAUAAUGAUGAUCAUUCUAUUUUAUUCACGCUAAUUAUUGGUAGCGUUGAAAUUCAAGCCACUGGUGUUAAUUCUGGUAUAGGUGAUAUCUAUGAAACUACUUUUGAUUUAGAUAUAUAA